CGUUAGGGGCCUCUGGUUAUGCCAGGUCAGGUGGUAUUGAGAGAAUAAGAACCCGCUGUUGGCGGGAUUAUCGCUCAUUCAUUGUUGUUCAUGCUGGAGUGGAUGUACUGAGCUGUUCUGCCCGUUACAUGGUUUCUUCAUCGUUGUCAUUAAAACAUCUGUCUGACAUCGAGAAGCGUGUUUCUUCAUGAAGAAACCAUGGUGGUGGUACAGUGCUCCGUCCCCGGCUGCGCGUUUGUCUCCGCCGAUGUGUCCGAAGCUCUCGCCAUCGCCCUGCUGUCGAACCACGGGCUGGCUCAUCAGCCUCUGCCCGUCCCGGCCACGCCACCCCAGGCAUCGUCUCCCGCGGGUCCGAAGCUAGAGCGCCCCACGGUUGAUGUCGGCGUGUCCAUCGAGGAGUGGAACCUGUUCACGCGCCGCUGGGAAGUGUUCUGCGCGGGAUCGGGCAUCACGGACGCCCAGGCCCCUUUCCAGCUGUUCCAAUGCGCCGGGCCGGACCUCGGUGACAGCCUUCUUCAGACCAACCCGGAUGCUGCGACCGGACCUGCGGCGGCCCUCCUCUCCGCCAUGCGCUCGCUGGCGGUCAUCCCCGUGGCUGCGUGCGUUCUGCGCACCGAGCUGCUCCAGCUGCACCAGGAACGGGAGGAGACGUUUCGCGCCUUUGCAGCCAGGGUGCGCGGCAAAGCGGAGACGUGCGCCUUCCACACUGCGUGUGUGUGCGGUAGAGACGUGGAUUACAGUGACCACAUUGUUCGUGACGUUCUUAUUAAUGGCAUUUAUGACACUGAUAUCCGCCGAGAGACUCUUGGUUUUCCUGAUGUGCUGAAUAAGACGGUGAAUGAGGUGAUCGCCCUGGUAGAAAACAGAGAAAUUGCCCGGAACGCUCUACCGCCCUCCUCUCUGUCAGCAGUAUCAUCUUUCCGGCGCCAGACCGGCGCACGGGCGAGCACUGCCCCUCCCUCUGCUGACGUCAAUAUGUCUCAGCGGGCGGCUUGCCGUGACUGCAAGGGGAUUUUUAAUGUGUUUACUGAGGGGCCCCGUGGGUGGAAUUCGAAGCCCCACCAGGUGUGUUUGGACUGUUUCAGGGCGCACAGGAGGGGGAGACGGCGGCAGCCGGCUCCGGAUGGUCAACAGGCCGCUGUGAGUGCUGGGCCGAUCGCCCAGAUAUCCCUGGUCGACUCUGGCUCCGGUCGCCGUAGACGUAGGGGUCGUCACGAGGGCCAACACCAGCAUAGCACCCUGACACCCUCAGGUGCCAUGACUGGGCCCGCUAGGCUCCCACACCAUAUCUUUACUAAGGGGGAGUGGCGACGCGCUCGGAUGAAGGAGCACCCCCGGGUUUCGAUUCAGAUUUCUGUUGAUGGUUCGGUGAGACCUGGAGGUGGUGCUGGCGCCCCACGCCCCCAGCGGGACGACUGUGUCUGCCAUUGCAGAUACUGGUGCCCAGUCGGACCUUUGGUCUUUGGAGGAGUUCCACAGGUGUGGCUUUUCACAGGAUGA